UAACGGCCAUUAUUGUUCAGCACCGGAAGUUGACAAAGUUGCCGUCUCAUUUUCCUUGUUUUCCCAUUCAGACUUCCAGAACAACUCUGUCGGAAAAAGAAGCAUAACAAAUAAACAAAUUACGAAGCUUUCUUCAUAUUUCAGUUUGCUUCGUUCUUCAAGAACAGUUCCUCAAAGAAUCAUCCAUCUAAAAUGUCUCGCGGCAGCAGUGCUGGAUUCGACCGGCACAUAACUAUUUUCUCACCUGAGGGGAGACUCUAUCAAGUUGAAUAUGCCUUUAAAGCCAUUAAUCAAGGAGGACUUACAUCCGUUGCUAUCAAGGGAAAAGACUCAGCAGUUGUAGUUACUCAGAAAAAGGUUCCUGACAAGUUAUUGGACCCUUCCACUGUAACACAUAUCUACCAAAUAACUGAUCACAUUGGAUGUGUGAUGACUGGUAUGACAGCUGACAGCCGUUCUCAGGUUCAGCGAGCACGUUAUGAAGCUGCAAAAUGGAUGCACACAUACGGGUAUGAAAUACCUGUGGAUAUGCUAUGCAAACGUUUAGCCGAUAUUUCCCAGGUUUAUACACAGAGUGCAGAAAUGAGACCACUUGGUUGCUGUAUCAUCCUGAUUGGCAUUGAUGAUGAGAAAGGCCCUCAAGUGUACAAAACUGACCCAGCAGGUUAUUAUUCAGGUUACAAAGCUACUGCAGCUGGAGUUAAACAGUUGGAAGCUAAUAAUUACCUUGAGAAAAAAGUUAAAAAGAAGCAGGACUUCACAAAAUCAGAAGCUGUAGAGGUGGCUAUUUCCUGUUUAUCGACAAUUCUUUCUGCCGACUUUAAACCUACAGAGAUUGAAGUUGGUCUUGUUACUGUAGAUAAUCCAAAAUUCAGAACAUUAAAAGAAUCUGAGAUAGAAGCCCACCUUGUUGCCAUAGCAGAGAAAGACUGAUUGAAAGAAACACUGAAACUGUAAUAAUCCAUUUUGUUCAAAUAAACUUCAUUCUCACUAAGA